AUGUCCAAAACCGUUUCGAUGCAUUUCUUGAGCUUGCGCUGCCAGAUCUUGUUCGUCGAUGACGGCAAUGCUCCAGAGUGGCAAUUCCACGAGGAGCUGAAAGCAAUACACCCCAAGGUGCAGGUGCACAGGAACGAGAAGCGGCAGGGGCUGAUCCGAUCCAAGGUGAUCGGCGCAGCCUUGAUCAGCAGCCCGGUGAUCGUGUUCAUGGAGCCCCACUGCGUGGUGAGCAAGCAGUGGAUGGAGCCGCUGUUGGAGCAGCUGGCGUUGGCCAAAGACCACGGGACGCUGGUGAUGCCUAUCCUGGACAUCAUCCCGGAGAACAACUUCAACCAGUACGUGCCAGCCAACCACCACAUUGGUGGAUUCGAUUGGACGCUGACCUUCGGGUGGAAGGCGCUCAUUGAGCAGCGGAACUCCUCGUACAAAUAUCCGAAUGUCUAUCCGACGCCGGCCCUGUCCGGUGGCAUCUUCGGCAUUUGGAGAGACAACUGGGAGCGCAUGGGCACUUACGACACCAACAUGACCGAGUGGGGCGGUGAGCACAUCGAGAUGUCCCUCCGCACCUGGCGCUGCGGGGGCCGCAUCUUGAUCGUGCCCUGCUCGCGCAUGGGCCACGUCUUCAGGGCAAAGAACCCCUACGUGGUCCAUGUUCCAGAGGUGAUGAAGAACACGAAGCGCGCAGCGCUGGUGUGGCUAGAUCAGCACCUCGAAGACUACUACAAGAAGGUGCCCUACGCACGCCGCAUCGAGGCGGGAGAUGUAUCGGAGCGGCUGCGCCUCAAGGAGUCUUUGCACUGCCAAUCAAUGGAUUGGUACAUGGACAACAUCUACCCGGAGCUCCGAGCCGAGCUCAAGAAGUAGAGAGUUUUGGCGCGGCGCCCUUUGCUAUGAGUGCGGCGGAAAUGCGGGUUGACGAAAAGAGGUGACCCGGGCGUCGCGGAUCACAUGGCUUGCUGG